AGGGGACAAGAUGAAAUGUUCUGUUGCCUCACAAUGGCGGAUGCACAAGACAGAGAAGAAACUCCGGAAAAUUUCGUUGACAUGUUGGAUGAAGAACUGUUGGAUCAAAUGUUCCAGGAAGAUAUUAGCGCUGUGGAAGAGGACUUGAACAUUCAAGAGGUUUCAGUAUAUUUUACUUGCGGUAAAUGCGAUAAAGGUUACAAGACAAAAGGCGGCCUAAAUCGACACACCAGAGCAAAACAUGGUGAGAGAAGCACCAAAGAAGCUGACGGAAGUGCAACAUGCGAACUUACGUCAACUGGUAUAUUUGAUCUUGUCAAGAAAACCAAAGAUGAGUUGUGUCAAAAUGAAUGCUACCCAAAAACCAUGCGGGAUACGAUUGCUGAUUGCCAGUUUCAACCAAGCGAACACCUGCUCGGUGAACUAAAAAUCGCUUUUGCCAUUCUAAAAAAAUAUGCUGAUGGUGAGAAGUUUUAUUCAUUUUUCUACGGGAAAAUUGUGAUAAACGCUGGUACACUAAUCCCAGAUCUGCCUCCACCAAUGUGCACACUAAUGGCCAAAAAACUUGGAGACAAUGUUUUGCAUUAUUUCAAGAAACAGAAGCAACUGCCUUGCCAAAAACCGCAUUCCCCAAUCAGUGCCAAAGAAAUGGAUGGACUACAGUAUCUUGCUGGAUAUGUAGUGAGCAGAUUUUUGAAAAGAAUUAAAAACAGCCCUAAUUACAUGUCAGAGUCCAGCCAGUCACUCUUAUCAGUAUUGAACAAUUUUGUUGAAGAAAAUAAUACAUCACAGAGGUUGAUUGCCAGUCAGACAAGAGGAGGGUUAAUUGCUGUGAAAAAUGAGGUACAGAAAAUCUUCUUGUGUGCAGAAAAAACUUUCAGAGCCCACACUUCAACACCAAAUAUUGUUAGGAAAAUAGCUUUACAGCCCAUGGUAGACCAUCUACUGUUUGAUACUGAAGUCAUUAGCAUGUAUAACUGCCUUAUAGAAAAUGCCACUUUACCAAUAGACUUCGAGGUAAAAAACAAUUUGUUGGAAAACAUGCUGAAGUUGUACCUUCGUGUCAGGUCAUUUUCUUUUGCAAGAGAUGUUGCAGGAAACCACUUGUAUGCUUCAAGAAAGGUGAAAACAAAAGCUUUGCGGAAAGACAUUAAAAAAGCAACAGAUAAACCAGGCAUUAAUAAUUAA